AUGACCGAGGCGUUCAUUAGACUGUUGAGAGACACUGUUGAAGAAAUUGAUUGUAUCCUGACAGCAAAUUAUCAUGAAAAUCGUGAGUUAUGUCUAAGGCGUCUGGAGGUGCUAGCGGAACAAGCAAUGAGAUGUGAUGGUGUAAAUCUAAACAUCAUUGAUCUAUUAAAUCAGGCGAAAAAUAUUAUAAGGCGAGACACAGCAAGGAAUGAUGACUAUUGCUCUUAUCAAACACCACAAGAGAUAACUGGCAGAAGAGGAAGACCAAA